ACACCUUUCUCGAGCGUUGGUUACGGCGGUGGGAGUAUAGAGCGAGAGAGAUGAGUCGAUGGCGGAAGAGAAGCCCAAGAAACAAGCCCCUCUUCUUCCUCUCUGUUGCCCUUCUCGUCCUCUUCGCCCUCUUCCUCGCCUUUUGCCUCUCCUCCACCGCCGAUGUCCUCCGCUCCCUGCUCCCUUCCUCAUCCGGAACCCUCGACGCUGCUCGAUCCACCCAAUGCGGUUUCUCCCUCCGCGGCGAGCGAUUUCUCUGGUUCGCCCCACACAGCGGGUUCAGCAACCAGGUCUCCGAGCUCAAGAACGCCAUCCUCUUCGCCGCCAUCUUGAACCGCACCCUGAUCGUGCCCCCCGUGCUCGACCACCAUGCCGUCGUCCUGGGUAGUUGCCCCAAGUUUAGGGUCUCCAGCCCCACCGAGCUCCGGACGGCAGUGUGGGAUCACAUCAUGGAGCUCGUUCGAGAUCGGAGGUAUGUAUCAAUGGGAGACAUAAUUGAUCUGUCUGUGGUGACAUCAUCUAUGGUUAGAACAGUUGAUUUUAGGAUAUUUGCUUCAGCUUGGUGUGGGUUAAACAUGGAGCAAGCUUGCUCUGGUGGCUUAUGUUGUGCCAUUUCUGGCAUAAAAUCUGCUGUGGGAAAUUUUGAUCAGUGCAGAUCAUUGCUAUCUGGCUUGCAGGGUAAUAAUAACCAGUGUACAUAUGCUGUAGAAGAUGAUUGUAGGACAACUGUGUGGACAUACCUUCAGGACAAUGAUGAAACGUUGGACUCGUUUCAGGCCGGCAAAGAGUUGCUGAAAAAGAAGAAAAUUUCAUAUGUUAGAAAACGUAGAAGUAUCAGUAAAGCUCUUGGGCCUGGAUCAAAAGCUGCAAUGUCCCCGAUCCUGGCUUUUGGAACGCUCUUUUCAGCACCUUACAGAGGUUCUGAGUCAUAUAUUGAUAUCCAUGAAGUGCCAGGAGACCCACGAAUACAAUCUUUGCUCAAGAAAAUGGAAUUUAUUCCUUUUGCCCCAGAAAUCCUGGCUGCAGGGAAGGAGUUUGCUCUGAACAAAAUUAGAAAGCCUUUUCUCUGUGCUCAGCUUAGGUUGUUAGAUGGGCAAUUUAAGAACCAUUGGAAGACUACAUUUUCAACUCUGGAGCAGAAGUUGAAGUCCCUAGAACUGAAACCAAAUCAAAGGAUACUAAGUGAUCCUAUUAAUAUUUUUCUCAUGACAGAUCUUCCUUCUGUAAACUGGACUGGUACUUACCUGGCGGACCUUGCAAAAGAUUCAACAUAUCAACUAUAUUCCAUGGAAGAAAACUCUGAAUUGGUCAUGGAGGCAGCCAAGAGACUAAUGGCAUCAGAAAAUGGUAUCAGGUCUAGUGUCCUUCCAAGAAAUUAUGAAGGAUCACGGAAGAAGAAAGCUUGUAACCAAGUGUUAUUACCAGAUAUUCUUUUGUAUAUAGAAGAAUCAGUUUGCAGCUGUGCAUCACUGGGGUUUGUGGGGACUGCUGGGUCGACAAUAGCAGAAAACAUCGAGCUGAUGAGGAAGAAGAACACCUGCAAGUUGUAGGGCAUCUUUUCAUCAUUCUUAUGUUGGUAAUACGGUUAAACAGUUCCUUGUCAUUGAUUUCACAAUAAACAUGGAUGAACAGUCUGGAUACAAUCAUUCAUGAGAAAAAGAUGCUUUUCUUUUUUCAGGAAGAACAUGAAAUACUUGAAACAGUGUUUGAGUGAGAUUUACAUCUGAGGCAGCAUUCUUGUCUUUGGAACUCUGUAGAAGGGAAUGAAGCUAAGUAGUUGAUCUCAGCUUUACGUGCAAAGCACAACAUCAGAAGGAAUCGACACAUGCCCCGUUUUUUGUCUGAGCGGAAGGGAACAAUCAGCUCUCAUCACUUAUGGACAUAUAUAUUUAUAUAGAAGUUUAGUUCUAAGGAUAUUGCAAAAAGGACAAGUUUCAGCAGUUCAGCUAUUGAAAACCGAUGAUGCUUCAUCCCCAAUUGCUUUCAAAAUGAGUGUACUUAAUCGUUUAUCAAAUCUGUAUUUGAUUUUUCAUGGUCUCCUUUGUCACGGAAAGCUUGUUUUUGGUA